GUUUCCAGGGUGCUGCAGAAGGAUGCAGAGCAGGAGUCGCAGAUGAGGGCAGAGAUCCAGGACAUGAAGCAGGAGCUGUCCACUGUCAGUAUGAUGGACGAGUUCGCCAGAUAUGCUAGGCUGGAAAGGAAGAUCAACAAAGUGACUGACAAGCUCAAGACUCACGUGAAAGCGCGGACAGCACAGUUGGCCAAGAUCAAAUGGUUUAUAAGCGUCGCUUUCUACAUUCUGCAAGCAGCACUGAUGAUCUCGCUCAUUUGGAAAUAUUACUCCGUCCCUGUGGCUGUGGUGCCCAGCAAGUGGAUCACCCCGCUAGACCGCCUGGUAGCCUUUCCUACUCGAGUAGCAGGUGGAAUUGGAAUCACCUGUUGGAUUUUAGUCUGUAAUAAAGUUGUGGCUAUUGUACUCCACCCUUUCAGCUGAGGAGAAAGAAACGCAGCUACAAGACUUUGCAGAAUGGAUUUCACAGGGUAAAGAGCUGAUCGGUCGAUCGCACAGAAGCCCAAGGGUUCUGGCUUGUUCGCGUUGGAAUAUGUUUGCUUUGUUCAUCACCGGGGAGGCUUGUUCAAGUCAGGAUCUUCUAUACUUGUCAUUGAGCCAGAAAAAGACCAGUUAUGACACACAUGUCCCGUUGACAUAGAUUUGGAUCCACCGAGUGGCAUUUGCAUGCUGGCACUUGGGCUGGGUAUAGUUUGGUUCUGUCAACAGCUGUAAAGACUUCCCUAACAACUCCAAUAGUGCUGUUUUUAAUUUUAGAAAAAAAAAAACACUUUUUUUUUUUUAAAGAAAAAAUACCACUACUAGAACUCUGCUUUCUAUUUCAUGAAGUUCAGCUGAAAGCAACACUAUUGGAUGUUGCUUAUACUUGUCCUUCAGUUUGAAAUGUCAUGUUAGACCAGGUUCAGUGUGUAAAUGUGUGAAAAGUAUCUUCAUGUAUUCAAGCCUACUAACUUUUCAUAGUGGUUCCUACGUGUGUUCAUAUGAUACCACAUUAUAUUAUUUUUAUUUAAAGCAUUUCAAAUGAAGUAUGUCUUUAAAGCAUUGAGUGUGUAUGCCGUGUAGAGUGGAAUGGAAUUAAGCAAGUUCUAGUUCAUUUGAACUGAGACUUGUUUGGCUCAUGAAGUUUCAAGGCAGAGUUCUGCCAAGUCUGGGUGUUUUUGUUUUUGUUUUGAGACAGUCUCUCAAUGUGGUCUUGGCUGUCCCAGGACUCUGUAUGUAGACCAGGCUGACCUGGAACCCACAGAGAUCCACCUGCCUCUGCCUCCCAAAUACUGGGAUUAAAGGUGUGUGCUGCUACACCUGGCUCUAAGUCUGUUUUUGAAGCACUUUCCCUAGUUACAGUAUUUGCCAGUCCUGACAGCCUUAUUGCAGGAGCAGUGCCUCAGGGCCUGGAGUGUAGGCUGUGGUCUUUGGCCCUGGGGAACCAUAGCACAGAAAAGCUAUAUGCUAUUACUAUCAUGUGUCUCUGCACACUCUGGCUGUCCUGGAACUCACUAUGUAGACCAGGCUGGACUGGAACUUACAGAGAUCCUGUCUGCUUCCCAGCUGCUGGGAUCAAAGCAUAGCACUGGGUUUUGAAGGAUCAUAUUUAUAUUCUAUGUCUCCUUAUCAUCUGUCUCAUAAAAAGUUUGUUUUUUUGACUGAAUGUACUGUGAAUAGGCCGAGUGCACGGCCCUUUGGUUUGUUGUCAGAUGGAAUAGGAAUACCCCCAGAGCAGGCUUGGGAGUCCAUGGAUUUAAACUCAGCAGACACUGCAGACUUAGAUGGCACCAGGGUUACUUGGCGUAUUUAUAAAGGGCACAAAUGGAGUGUAGCGGUAGGGUAGCCAGCAUUGCCAGGAAGACCUGUUGAGCAGCUCCAGCAUUCUCACCACUCAGGAAACACGAGGGAGGACCUGAGGAGUUUGGGACAGCACUGGAAGAUGGAAGAAUCUGGGCUCCCUCCAGGGACUUGGCCCCCGGGGUCCGGGUUGGACGUGUACCUUGUCCUUUUUGUGGUGAGCUGCAAUCUGGAGUGGUGCUUAAGCCUUCACCAUUUACUGGGGUUGAGACCAUGAGCAUCUCAAAGUAUGUGUAAUUCCAGCUGACCCUGCAGGGAAAAGUGACAGGAGGGUUAGUUUGUUCCCAAAUGUUAGUGCCCCCACAUGCAUAAUGUGUGUAAGACUGAGCGGGGGUCGUCACUGUGUCUUUCCCCCCAAUAUUGUAUUUGUUUAAAACUGGGUAAUAAACAUUGAAUUAACAAGGGAAA